AAAUAAAAAAAAUAUAAAUAAAAAAAUAAAAAAAUGGGUAAAGUUAUCAGAGCCUAAAGAAAAGGACGUGCAAAUGGUGUUUUCAAAGCACACAAAAGUGGAAGAAUUGCUCCUGCCUAAUACAGAGUAUAUGAUUUUGCUGAAAGAUAAGGUUACAUUAGAGGUUGUGUUAGAGAAAUUUUACAUGAACCUGGUAGAGGAGCUCCUUUGGUUAAAGUUGAUUUCAAAGAUCCCUAUAGAUACAAACAUAACAAAGAAUAUUUCAUUGCUGCUGAAGGAUAAUACAGUGGAUAAUACGUUUACUGUGGUUUGAAAGCAGGUAUUUCCGUAGGAAAUGUACUCCCAAUAAAUAAAAUCCCAGAAGGUACAGUUGUAUGUAAUGUGGAAGAAAAAGUCGGAGACAGAGGUGCUUACUCAAGAGCUUCUGGAACAUACGCAACUAUUAUUGGACAUUCAGAAGAUGGAAGUAAGACCAGAAUCAGAUUACCUUCCGGAUGUAGAAAAACUAUCAAUGGAGAUUGCAGAGCUACAAUUGGAGUAGUAGCUGGAGGUGGUAGAACUGAUAAACCUAUAUUGAAAGCCGGUAACUAGUUCCAUAAAUAUGCUAAAAAGAGAAAAAAUUGGCCUAAGGUUAGAGGUGUAGCAAUGAACCCCGUAGACCAUCCUCAUGGUGGUGGUAACUAAUAACAUAUUGGUCAUCCUUCUACUGUUUCUAAGUAGUCUUGCCCUGGUCAAAAGGUUGGUUUAAGAGGUGCCAGAAGAACUGGUCUUAUUAGAGGUGGUCAAAAAGAAAAAUCGCUAUGAAAUCUGCUGCUGCUGGUGGUGUUUGAUUAUCUUUUAAAUGAAAGAAAGUAUUUUUUUUUCAAAACCUUUUUUUAUUUAAACUUAUUUAAUAUUCGGCUAUUUUAUAAGUUUAUAUUUUUUUAUGCUGCUUAUGCUUUUUUUUUCAUGUUGUAGUUGUUUUUUUAUAAAUUAUUUAAACUUAUUAAAAUUAGGAAUGUUUUUUU